GCGCAGUAAUUCUAAAUUCAUCAUCGCCAGAAGCCACUAACGGCGUCGAAGACCAAAAUUACCGUUUGCAAUUUCUUGAUGGCAUUUUUGUAAAUAUCUUGAGAACCAAAAAAACACCUAGAAGGGGGGUCUAUCUUUGGCUAAGUCUCAUCGGCAAGUGGAACGCGGUGGCUAUAUCUAACGGCGAGUCACGGUUCGCGGUGGCUAUAUCUAACGGCGAGUCAACAAGCUCUACUCAGAGGAACCGCUAGUCGUUUUUUUAUUCAUGAACAAGCUCAAGCUCUAGCUAUACUGAGAAAUUUCCAAAAAUAUGCACAGACCACUAGCGAGGUUUCCUCUGCGUUCAAUUGCGGACUCUUUGCUCAAAUCGAAUCCGCGCCAACAUGGACGUAGAAAUGUGGCUGAAAAUAUGGGGUACUCACGAGCCCUUACUACAUCAAAGGGUCUUGAAUUUUUGGUGUAUGGAACAGAAUCAACUACAAGAUCCAUGCAGAUGCAAAUUGUUGAUGCACUUCACUUGGGUGACAGAAGCAAAGCAUCUAAUCUGCUUUUAGAUCUUGGCCAUGGAAACCACUCAUUGAGACCUGAUGAUUUUGUUCAUAUUCUUAACUACUGUGCCAGAUCACCUGAUCCACUGUUUGUCAUGGAGACUUUGAGGUUAAUGGAGGAAAGAGAGAUUGGCCUGAAUGAAAUAUGCUAUUUGCUUAUCGUACGAGCUCUUUGUAAAGGGGGUUACUUGGAGGAGGCCUUUAAUUUAAUAAAUUUUCUUGGAGAAAGGAAAGGCAUCUAUCCAAUUCUAUCUGUGUACAAUAGUUUCCUCGGAGCUUGUGCCAAAAUGCGAAAUAUAUUUCAUGCCAAUCAAUGUUUAGAUCUGAUGGAGCGUCAAAUGGUGGGAAAGAAUGAAGUGACAUAUUCAGAGCUUCUCAAGCUUGCAGUUUGGCAGAAAAACCUGUCUGCUGUUCAUGAGAUUUGGAAGGAGUAUGUCAAACACUACAGUUUCAGCAUUAUUUCUCUACGAAAGUUCAUUUGGUCUUUUACAAGGUUGGGAGAUUUAGAAUCUGCAUAUCAGACAUUGCAAUAUAUGGUGGCUUUAGUCAUCAGGGGAAGCAUUUUCGUUAAUAGAACUGCUGAAGGAAAGCUGUACCCUUACAGAAUAGACAUUCCUAUACCUUCAAAUGGUGAAUUAUGCUCAAAGAAGUUUGACAUGAAGGGUAAUGAACAUUCUAUUCCUUCCGCAUACCGUAGCAUAGAGCAAUGCACUACUUCUAGCUUAGAAAAUAGAGAAGCUGAGAGUGGAAGACUAGGUGUGCUUAAUAGAUAUGAAAACAUGCCUGUAAAGAAAGUUUUGAGGUGGUCUUUCAGUGAUGUGAUACAUGCAUGUGCACAAGCUCAAAAUUGUGGGUUGGCAGAGCAAUUAAUCAUACAGAUGAAAAAUCUUGGGUUGCAACCGUCAAGCCAUACAUAUGAUGGUUUUGUUAGAGCAGUUGUUUCUGAAAGAGGUUACAAUGAUGGGAUGGAAGUGUUAAAAGUAAUGCAACAGAGUAAUUUGAAGCCAUAUGAUUCAACUCUUGCCACCCUUUCAAUGGGUUGCAGCAAGGUGCUAGAACUGGAUUUAGCCGAGUCUCUGCUGGACCAAAUUUCUGAAUGUUCAUAUCCUCAUCCUUAUAAUGCUUUUCUUGCAGCAUGUGACAGAAUGGACCAACCUGAACGUGCUGUGAAGAUAUUGGCUAAAAUGAAACACUUGAAGAUUCUGCCAGAUAUCAGGACAUAUGAGCUGUUGUUUUCAUUAUUUGGUAAUGUGAAUGCCCCAUAUGAAGAGGGCAAUAUGCUGUCACAGGUUGAUGCUGCUAAAAGAAUAAAUGCUAUUGAAAUGGAUAUGGCAAAAAAUGGUGUUCAGCACAGUCAUUUAUCAAUGAAGAACCUGUUGAAAGCCCUUGGAGCAGAGGGAAUGAUACGAGAGCUGAUCCAGUAUUUACAAGUGGCAGAGAACCUUUUCUGCCGUAAUAACACUUAUAUAGGAACACCAAUCUAUAAUAUAGUGUUGCAUUCACUUGUUGAGGCUAAGGAAAGUCAGAUGGUAGUAGAAAUAUUCAAAAAUAUGAAGUCAUGUGGUAUCCCCCCAGAUGCUGCGACUUAUAACAUAAUGAUCGAUUGUUGUAGCAUUUCAAGAUGCUUCAAAUCUGCAUGUGCACUGGUUUCUAUGAUGGUGCGUGAUGGGUUUUACCCACAAACAUUAACUUACACUGCUCUCAUAAAGAUUCUGUUGGAAGAAGAGAAUUUUGAUGAAGCAUUGAAUCUUUUGGAUCAAGCAUGCUCAGAAGGACUUGAUCUUGAUGUACUGUUAUUUAAUACCAUUCUUCAAAAAGCAUAUGAAAAGGGAAGGAUUGAUGUAAUUGAGUUUAUUGUUGAGAUGAUGCGCCAAGAGAAAAUCCAUCCCGAUCCAUCAACCUGCUAUUAUGUGUUCUCUACAUAUGUGGAUCGUGGUUUUCACAGCACAGCUUUUGAAGCAUUUCAGGUUUUGAGUAUGCGUAUGUUGAGUGAAGAAGAUGGAAUUGAUCAUGAAAAGAUGGAAUUUGAAGACGAUUUCAUCCUUUCUGAAGACUCAGAAGCAGAGUCACGGAUACUCGAAUUGUUCAAAAAUUCUGAGGAAAACAUUGCCGUUGCACUUUUGAAUUUGAGGUGGUGUGCCAUGGCUGGGUUCCCAGUGUCUUGGUCACCUGAUCAAAGCCCGUGGGCUAGAAGACUCUCAAGAAACUAUGAUAGUAGAAAAAGAGCUGCCUAAUUGAUGUAAGAAUGAGAUUUGUUUGGAUCAACUCUGAUCUUUUGAGUUGCUCUUAAUUGUCAUGUGGUAAGGGCUUUGCAAAUGUCUUGAUAGUUAACAGAGGAUAGAGCUUCUUAGUUUAUCAGUGACAGCCUGACAGGCUCCAAAAGUAUACUGUACAAGUACCAGAGUUAUGAAGCCAUACUAACCCCAAAAAAAGAAAAGAAAAAAAGAAGCAAGAUGUGGAGUCGGUGAUACCCACAGGACUAGUUGCAAUUUUCUCGUGAAGCAAAUCAGCUGACCUUUUAAAAACUUUAGAAAAUCCGAGAUGUGUGUAAGACUAGCAAAAUAAGCUGAGCUGGACAACGAGGAGAUGCGAACUCUUAACCAUUAUUGGUGGUUUUUGUGCUGUAAAAUUCGCAGUGAAUGCCUCCUUUUUUUUGGGUGGGGCGGCGAUAUGGUUUGAUGUAUCAUUAAUUUUUUCUUUAUAAUUUACGACCAGCAAGAUGAAAUUGUUUGGAAUGUAUUUUUAAUUGGGAUCAUGAUUCAUUGCAAUCCCGUGUAACAGGUCAGAGUUACUAACUAGAGAGAAAUAAGAUGAGAAGUACUUUGAGCAA